AAAAAAAUUUUUUCCCAAAGACUAAUCAUCAAAUAAGGUAGAAGAAAAUUCAUAUAAAUCAUACUCAACAACCUUUCACAAUUAGUGUCGAUUUUCUUUUCAAAUUCAACUCAUUAGAAUAUGAAAUUAACAAAAUAAGUGGCAACAUGAAAUUGUUGUUAUAUUUGACUUUUAUGAUGUACUUAUAUGUGUUCUCAUGUGGUUACACAAACUAUUUACAGUGCUCCCAUACUCGUUAUUUUCUAAACUUUUUUAACCAUAAUGAAAGAUUUUUGUUAGAAUUCGAAAAUAAUAAAGACUAUAUAACUAUCGAAAAUGUUAUGAACUAUGGCAAGGCACUUCAAACACACAGCAAAGUAAUUAUGAUAUUUUUGGAUGACUUGAUAAACAAUAAUAUAGGUAAUUUUCCUUAUACUUUAAUGACGGUAAAUAUGUAUUUAAAUAAUGUUUCUGGAUCUUUAAAUAUGAUUACUCUAAACGAAGAUGAUAAAAAAAAUGAUGCUGAAAAAUUAUUAGAAGGCUAUAAGGUAAUUCAUCACGCAGUUAAAGAACAACUAAGAGAUUACAUUAAUCAAUAUUGUAAAAACAAAUUAUUUUAUGAAAAUGUGGUGAGUUGCAAUCCUUUUAUAUUUCAAAACCAAUAUACUACUACUAAUCUAAUAACUAUUAAUAAUAAUCUUAAGGAUAGAAUACUGAUGAAGUUUAAUUUAACAAUAAAAAGAAAUUCAUACGAAUAUUAUCAUCCGAAAUAUAUUUUGUUUUACGAUAUAAUGACUCAACAAAUUCUCAACAAUGAAAAUAAUAUUAUAAAAAUAGAUAAUGGUCAACACAUAGUAUUAAAUUUACUCCGAUUUACUCCACUAAACGUAAAAUGCACUGAUGGUACUCGUUUAACUAUACAAGACGUAUUUGAAUACAUAAAAUAUGAUUUUAAUUCUAAGGAUGUUUUACCAUACAUAAAGAUGGUAAUUGUGGCUACGUUUCGUCCAAUAGCAAUUCUUAUUCGUAACUUUUUAACCUUAAUUCAAGUUACAUUUUCAGAGAAUUCAGAUAGUGUAACAUACUGGUUAAAAUCGACAUUAAUUAAAAUGGGUCGAAAAAUAAUAAAUUAUCUAAUAGAAUUCAUUUCCCUUAGUGUGUUUAAUGAGGAACGAACAAUAUUUCUAGAAAGUAUCUCUAGUAGAUUUAUUCAAAUCUUAAACUUUUAUACUAUAAUAAAAGACUUGUCCAAUAUUGAUAAUAAAAAUAUUAAUAUAUUAAUUGAAUUACUUUCACAAUUCUUCAUCAAAAACAAAUUAUACUUUACACCCGAUAUAGUUUUAACCAAGGAAAAUAUUACUGAAAAUAAUGCCGAUGAUAUUAAAAAUCAAUUAGAAAAAAUCAUGCAAAAAGUUGUUAUCUAUCUGUUUGAUUUAAAAAAAUGGAAUUACUAUUUUAAUUUUAUUGCAAGAAAAUUUAAAAUUCGGUCUUUCAGUGUUUCAAAUUAUAAUAAUUUUAUUGAUUCUAAAGUUUUAGAUUAUAUUUGUAAUACUGAAGCGCAUUCUGAAAUAUAUAAUGCUAGUGAGAAAUAUAGUAAUAAAAUUGAUAUAGGACAUUAUGAAGACGUGGAUGAUGUAAAUGAAGAUUAUUAUUACUAUUGGAAGAUUAUUACAACAUUUAACUUAGAAGAUGUAAAAGAUGACCAUGAUGAAAAUGAAAUUAAUACGAACGAUUCCUUUGAAAAUCAAUCAACUUAUAAACCUCUUUACAUGAUUGAUUAUUUGCCAUACAACAUUUAAUAGUGCAGAAAUACUGAGGUAAAAUAGAAAAAAAGUUAUAAUUUUAAUAAUUGUUAUAACUUUCAAAAUAUUAGUCAAAAGUUGACAUACCAGUCAUUUUUUUUUAAUUUAUAAAUAAAUAUGCAGAGUGAUUCAUUAAUGAUAAGACACUAAUUUUCUCGGUAACUAUUAAACAUUUUAAAUUUUUGGUUAGAAAUAUAUUGUUUGAUUAAAAAAACUACAAUAAUAUGAAGUAAAAACAUGAUUUUUUUCAUCCCUUUAAAGUUAAAAAACAUAAUUUUGAAUUUUCUUAGAUUGGAGCCCUAUUUUGAAUUUGUUAUUAUGAUUCAAGAUAAAAAUGCAAACAACUUUACUCUUAUAAUUUUUUUUUCUGAUCAAACGUUCGUCUGUUACAGCUUGUUUAAGUUAAAUGAUUUUGGACUAAAUUUCUAUUGUUAUUAUAAUGUUAAGGAUACAGAAGUCACUUAUUAUCUAUGGUGUAGUAUAAACUAAUUUUUAUUAAGUUAGAUAGCAAAAAUAAUUUAUGACAUACUAAUUAAGCGAUAAUUAUCUAUUAUUAUAAUAAUAGUAAUAGAUUCAAAUCGCGUCUUUACUAUAUUAUUAAUUGUUUUUAUUAUAAUUAAUAGCAUAGUCUAUCAGUUUGUAAGACGAACUGUAAUACUGAAGAAUCAAUGUCUUUAAAAAACCUAACCCUUUGUUUAGUAUAAUGAUCCUUAAAAUAAUCUAAUAAUACAAUAAUGCUAUCAUUAUCAUUGCUUACAUAAAGAUAUCUUUAUAUUUGUUGAUAGAUACGUAUUAAAAGUUGUAGCAUAACCUCAUAAACUAAAUUGAGUUAAUUACUAAUUCUCGCGGUACUACAAUCAUGCUCCAAUAAAAAUUCUUGUUCAUUAUUCAAUAAGCCUUAAUAUAACCUUAGAACACUGAAUUAAGUAUUAAAUUAAGUCAACAUCUGUAUACAAACUCUCGUUAUUGAACGUUUUUGUAUAUUAAUUAUAAGUUAACAUUAUUUAAUUAUGAUAUAAAUAUAGUGAUUCAA